AUGUCUCGUCUUUCGGAGAAUUUUGAGCUGUCCAGCCCCUAUGAGCCCAUUCAUUAUGGCUCGAGUUCUCGAAUCGAGCCGCGACCAUCAACCACUUCAUUCAAGCCAGUGAAGUCGAAGCGCCCGUUUUCUAGAUACAACCCUAUCAAAGGAUCAGAGGAUGACUGGGAUCAACAAGGCCUCGCACCUACCGGGCCACCACCCGGAGGGGACCGACAAUUCACGUCAGCUCCUUUGGGGCCUGGCAAGACCGGCAAGUUUGGUACAGACCUAGUAAUCGAAAUUCUGCUCUGCGCGUCCGCCGUUCUUGCUACAGUCCCGUUCAUAUGGCUCGCAAUAGCUAUGGCGAAAUAUCACGGCAAACGCGUCACUGCCCACGACUCUGAGUUUAUUAAGCAGUCAACAACUACAGUCUCUACGCUCUUUACAAUCUUGUUUGCGGCCGUAGUAGGCACGACUCUGAAACGAUUUGGGACAUAUUGCUUGGGAAAGGGCGUCAAGAUUGGAUUUCUUGAACAAAUCAUGCAAAGCCGGACAUUUUUCGCCGCUGUAACGACACAAAUCUCCUUGGGCCUCAUUAACAUAACCGCCAUCAUACUUCUAUGUACCUGGACAUUCUCUCCCCUUGGCUCACAAGCUUGUCUGAGGCUAAUCACAACCAAGAUAGAGCAUACGGUAAGCUCAAGCCUUGUGAGCCAUGUUGAUACCAUCACAAACCAGGUUUUUGACAGCACGUCUGGCGUCAGCUCGCUUUUGACGUCGCUGAAGCCAACAUACGUGUCCACGAUUCUAAGUCCGCCAGCAACGCAAAAUUCGUCCAUGGAUUUGUGGGGUAAUGUUAAAAUCCCUUGGAUGAGAGACGAUCUCGAAAAGGAUGAUGAAGGCUGGGCUGACUUGACGAAGUCUAGCUUCAGCGAGGACUCUUACUCCGCUCUAGUAGGUGUGCCUAUCGCGAAUCUUGCAAACCUCAAUUCAAGUUUCGUAAUCGAGACGACCUACAUCAGCCUUGACUGCGAGAAACCUAAGGACGAACCCUUGGUCGAUAUCCGCACCAACUUCACAACAGCAAGGAAUGGCACAUUCCUAGGACCUAACACCACUGUCACUGACGGCAGCGUCGGAAUAUAUCCCUCCUGGCAGGUUGCCAUGGACCAAUUUGUCAGUAAUGCGUACUUCUACGGCUACCCCCAGCAACUUGAGAAUUUCACCUCCGAUGAAGUGAAGCAAGCGAACUUUCUAUUUCAAACGCGCAACGCCGUCUCAAUAUGCAAAAUUGACCAAGCAUACGUUGAGUCCAACGUAUCAUGCGUCGCUCAGAAUACAGUCUCCACCCCCGGCUGCGCAGUCCGAGCCCAGCGCUUAUCGUCCAGGAAGCACGCUCCUUCCGCCGUGACGACAUUCAGCUUCCCAAGUACCUUCGAAUACUUGGCCAGCGAAUGGAUUCUCGCGACCGACAAGCUCAGCAGCUCCGGGUACUCCUCCCUCGCCGAGUACUACCUCCAGAACACAAGCGCGCAGUUCAUCCUCGCCGGUAACGGCCGCGAAUAUGCCAACUACAGCAACGUGACCGCGGAGCAGUUCUCGGUGCGGCUCGGCCAGCUGCUGAACACCUGGAUCCUCGCAGGCCAGGUCUCGGCCGACACCAUGGCCUACAAUCUCGACCACCAGAACAUCACGGCUAGCUACUCGGAAGGAGAGCCGGUUUAUGUAUGCUCGUGGGGGUGGUUGGUCGCGUACUGCGUUUCGAUCUUGGUCAUGCUUGCCGCGGCGCUAUUGACCAUCUGGUGUGCCUUUCACACAAACAUCCCGGACGUGCUGAGCUACUGCUCAUCAUUGACGAGAGACUCAAGGUAUUUCGAGUACAUGCCCGGCGGCGGAUCUACGAUGGAUGGACUGCAGCGGGCCAGGCUCAUGCGGGAUGUGGAGAUCAAGCUCGGGGACGUGGGCGAGCCGCCGGGUCUUGCUGCUGCUCCACACCAGCAGCAGUAUCAGCAGGGUGGUUUCAGGAACGAGCUGCCGUUGAAUCAACUGGGGUAUCUUGCUAUUGGCCUGUCUGAUCAGGUGCGCGUUGCAAGGAGAAACACGCUGUAUGCUUGA